GGGGGGGGAGAGAACUGGGAGGCGUCCAGAGGCGCAGAAGCUGGGAAGAGCCCGGGAAUGUCCCCUUUUCCCCACCCAUUUACCUACAGAUGUACCCACAAGACAGACUGAUCCCCAGAAAUCAGAAGCCAAGCUCAUAACAUCCACAACAGAUUUUUUAAAAGCCAAGUGAAUGAGAGUGUCUUUCUAGAGUCAGAGGCAGCAAACCAAUAGAAAAGGGAAGGAGAUGGAAGAGAAGGACCCCGAAGGCCCUGGAACUGGCAAGACAUCCAGGAAAGGUCCCCAUCCUCUCCAAACAGGGAGUGGUGCUGAAUUCUGUGAGAGAGCCAUGCCAGAGAUCUUGGUUCAAGACCCUGUGACCCCAGAUGUACGCAGCCGAUGCUUCCGGCAGUUCUGUUACCAGGAGGCUGAUGGGCCCCGAGAGGUUUGCAGCCGGCUCCAUGGACUUUGUAAGGACUGGCUGGAGCCAGAGAGGCACACCAAGAAGGAGAUGGUGGACCUGGUGAUCCUGGAGCAGUUCCUGGCCAUCCUGCCGCAGGAAGUGCAGGGCUGGGUGAGAGGAUGCAGGCCAGAGAGCAGUUCCCAGGCAGUGGCCCUGGCCGAAGGUUUCCUCCUGAGUGAGGCAGAGGAGAAGAGGCAGACACAGCAGAUGUGGGGAGGAGCCAUGAAGGUGGAAGCAGAGUUCUCUGAGGCAGAAGGAGCUCCGUCAGAGGAAAGUCAGAGGGCGCAGGCCCAGGAGCGUGCCCAAGACACCCUGUCAAGUGGCAGUGAAGAGACGUUAUCGAGCCCUUUUCUUUGCAGAGAAGCAGAAAUGCCUCCUCAGCCUCUGAUCCAGUCUCCAUUUUCCUUUGAGGAGGUGGCCGUGUAUUUCACCGUGGCGGAGUGGGGCCUGCUGGAUCCUGGCCAGAAAGCCCUCUACAGGGAGGUCAUGCUGGAGAACUAUAGGAGCGUGGCUUUUCCGGCAGGAGGUGAUCAGAGGAAUGAAGAGGAUGAAGAACUACAUCCUGAAUCACCAGAUGAAGUAAAAAAUGAAGAUGUGAGAAGAAACGUCAGAAUUCAGAGGGCUCAGAGGCAGAAAGUCAGGCGCAGAAUGAAGAAGGGGGAUAAAUCCGUUCCUUGCCAGAGGGGGGAUUUCCAGGAAGUAAUUCACAUGUUGGAGGAAACCUACAAGUGCCUGGAGUGUGGAAUGAACUUCUCAGAUCAAACCCAAUAUAAUGUCCAUUUGGGAACACAUAUUGGAAAGAAGCACCAUCAAUGCCUGGAGUGUGGAAAGGCCGUGACUGGCAGAGCAGAGUUCCUCAGACAUCUAAGGACACAUAUAACAGAGAAACCAUAUAGUUGCUCAGACUGCAGAAAGAGUUUCUCACAGAAAUCAGACCUUCUUCAACACCACAGAAUUCAUUCAGGAGAGAAGCCAUUUAUCUAUUUCAAGAGUGGAAUGAUGUUUUUGGUUGGAAGAAAGUGUAAAAUACAAUUUCCAAAGCACAGCAGAAGGAAGGCAUGUAAAUGCUUUCAGUGUGGAAAGUACUUCAGACACAAAUCACAGCUCCUUGUGCACCAAAGGAUCCACACAGGGGAGAAACCAUUUGAAUGCUCAGAGUGUGCGAAGAGAUUCAGCCAGAGUAGCAGCCUUCAAAAACAUCUAGGAACCCACGCAGGAAAGAAGCCUUUUGAAUGCUCAGAGUGUGGGAAGAGAUUCAGCCAGAGUAGCAGUCUUCAAAACCAUCUAGGAACCCACAAAGGGGAGAAGCCUUUUGAAUGCUUCGAGUGUGGGAAGAGAUUCAGUCACAGUAGCAGUCUUCAGAGUCAUCUAAGAACCCAUACAGGGGAGAAACCAUUUGAAUGCUCAGAGUGUGGGAAGAAAUUUAGCCACAGUGGCCAUUUUCAAAGUCAUCUAAGAACCCACACAGGGGAGAAACCAUUUGAAUGCUCAGAGUGUGGAAAGAGAUUCAGCCAGAGUGGUGCUCUUCAGAAGCAUCGACAAACCCACACAGGGGAAAAGCCUUUUGAAUGCUCACAGUGUGAGAAGAGAUUCAGCCGCAGUGGCCAUCUUCAAGUACAUCUAAGAACCCACAGAGGGGAGAAGCCUUUUGAAUGCUCAGAGUGUGGGAAAAGAUUCAGUCACAGUAGCAGUCUUCAAAGACAUCUAAGAACCUAUACAGGGGAGAAGCCUUUUGAAUGCUCAGAAUGUGGGAAGAGAUUCAGCCGCAGUGGCCAUCUUCAAAUACAUCUAAGAACUCACACAGGGGAGAAGCCUUUUGAAUGCUCAGAAUGUGGGAAGAGAUUCAGCCGCAGUGGCCAUCUUCAAAUACAUCUAAGAACCCACAGAGGGGAGAAGCCUUUUGAAUGCUCAGAGUGUGGGAAAAGAUUCAGUCACAGUAGCAGUCUUCAAAGACAUCUAAGAACCCAUACAGGGGAGAAGCCUUUUGAAUGCUCAGAAUGUGGGAAGAGAUUCAGCCGCAGUGGCCAUCUUCACGUACAUCUAACCCACAGAGGGGAGAAGCCUUUUGAAUGCUCAGAGUGUGGGAAAAGAUUCAGUCACAGUAGAAGUCUUCAAAGACAUCUAAGAACCCAUGCAGGGGAGAAGCCUUUUGAAUGCUCAGAAUGUGGGAAGAGAUUCAGCCGCAGUGGCCAUCUUCAAAUACAUCUAAGAACUCACACAGGGGAGAAGCCUUUUGAAUGCUCAGAGUGUGGGAAGAGAUUCAACCAGAGUAGCGCUCUUCAAACGCAUCAAAGGACCCACACAGGAGAGAAGCCUUUUGAAUGCUCAGAAUGUGGGAAAAGAUUCAGCCAAGUGAAUGAGAGUGUCUUUCCAGAGAGAAAAGGGAAGGAGAUGGAAGAGAAGGACCCCGAAGGGCUUGGAAUUGGGAAGAUAUCAAGGAAAGGUCCCCAUCCCCUCCAAGCAGGGAGUGGUGCUGAAUUCUGGGAGAAAGCCGUGCCAGAGAUCUUGGUUCAGGACUCUGUGACCGCAGAUAUGUGGGGAGGAUCCGUGAAGGUGGAAGUAAAGUUCGCUGAGGCAGAAGGAGCUCCAUCAGAGGAAGGACAGAGUGUGCAGGUCCAGGAGCGUGCCCAAGAUGCCCUGUCCAGUGGCAGUGAAGAGACGUUACCGAGCCCUUUUCUUUGCAGAGAAGUGGGAAUGGCUGCUCGACCUCUGGUCCAGAGGAAUGAGGAGGAUGACGAACUGCAUCAUCUGUCUCCAACUGAAGUCAGGAAUGAAGUUGUGAGAAAAAACGUCACGUUUCAAGGCAGGCUGAAGAGGCAGAAAGUCAGCUGCAGGGGGAAAGAGAAGAAUAAAACUAUUCCCUGCCAAGAGGUGGAUUUCCAAGAAGUAAUUCACAUGUUGGACGAAAGAUACAAGUGCUUUGAGUGUGGAAUGAAUUUAUCUCAUCAGUUUCAAUAUAAUGCCCAUUUGGGAAUUCACAGUAGAAAGAAGACCUAUCCGUGCCUGGAGUGUGGAAAGGCCAUGAUUCACAGAGCAGAGUUCAUUAGACAUCUAAGAACACAUACAGGAGAGAAACCUUAUAGCUGCUCAGACUGUGGCAAGAGUUUCUCAGAGAAAUCAGACCUUAUUCAACACCACAUAAUUCAUUCAGGAGAGAAGUCCUUUAUCUGUUCCAAGACUGGAAUGAUGUUUUUGACUGGGGAAAAGUGUAAAAUACAAUUUCCAAAGCACAGCAUAAGGAAGACAUGUAAUUGCUUUCAUUGUGGAAAGCACUUCAGAUACAAAUCACAGCUCCUUGUGCACCAAAGGAUCCACAUAGGGGAGAAACCAUUUGAAUGCUCAGAGUGUGGGAAGAGAUUCAGUCAGAAUGGUACUCUUCACAGACAUCAAAGCACCCACACAGGGCAGAAGCCUUUUGAAUGCUCAGAAUGUGGGAAGAGAUUCAGUCACAGUAGCUAUCUUCACAAACAUCAACGAACCCACACAGGGGAGAAGCCUUUUGAAUGCUCCAAAUGUGGGAAGAGAUUCAGUCAGAAUACCUAUCUUCAAAGACAUCUAAGAACUCACACAGGGGAGAAGCCUUUUGAAUGCUCAGAGUGCGGGAAGAGAUUCAGACGAAAUGGUGCUUUUCGAACGCAUCGAAGAAACCACACCGGAGAGAAGCCUUUUGAAUGCUCAGAGUGUGGGAAGAGAUUCAUUCACAGUGGCCAUCUUCAAGAGCAUCUACGAACCCACACAGGAGAGAAGCCUAUUGAAAGCUUAGAAUGUGGGAAGAGAUUCAGUUAUAGUAGCGAUCUUCAUAAACAUCUACGAACCCACACAGGGAAGAAGGCUUUUGUAUGCUCCAAAUGUGGGAAGAGAUUCAGUCAGAAUACCCAUCUUCAAAGACAUCUAAGAACCUGCACAGGGGAGAAGCCUUUUGAAUGCUCAGAGUGUGGGAAGAGAUUCAGCCAAAGUGGUGAUCUUCAGAAGCAUCUUCGAACCCACACAGGGGAGAAGCCUUUUGAAUGCUCAGAGUGUGGGAAGAGAUUCAGCCAGAGUGGUGAUCUUCAGAAGCAUCUUCGAACCCACACAGGGGAGAAGCCUUUUGAAUGCUCAGAGUGUGGGAAGAGAUUCAGCUGCAGUGGCCAUCUUCAAAGACAUCUAAGAACCCACACAGGGGAGAAGCCUUUUGAAUGCUCAGAGUGUGGGAAGAGAUUCAGCCAGAGUAGCACUCUUCAAACGCAUCGAAGAACCCACUCAGGAAAGAAGCCCUUUGAAUGCUCAGAGUGUGGCAAGAGAUUCAGCUACAGUAGCUCUCUUCAAACACAUCAAAGGACCCACACAGGGGAGAAGCCUUUUGAAUGCUCAGAGUGUGGAAAGAGAUUCAGCCACAGUAGCCAUCUCCAAAUUCAUCUACGAACCCACACAGGGGAGAAGCCUUUUGAAUGCUCAGAGUGUGGGAAGAGAUUCAGCCGCAGUGGCCAUCUUCAAAUUCAUCUAAGAACCCAUACAGGAGAGAAGCCUUUUGAAUGCUCAGAAUGUGGGAAGAGUUUUAGUCACAGUGGCAGUCUUCAAAAUCAUCUAGGAAUCCACACAGGGGAGAAGCCUUUUGAAUGCUCAGAGUGUGGUAAGAGAUUCAGGCAGACUAGUGUUCUUCAAAAGCAUCUAAGAAUCCACACAGGGGAGAAGCCUUUUGAAUGCUCAGUGUGUGGGAAGAGAUUCAGCCGUAAUGGCAGUCUUAAAAUUCAUCAAAGAACCCACACAGAGAAGCCUUUUGACUGCUCCUAG